CAAAUUCCAGUUGUUUCAAGAGCUUGGGAUAAAAAGUAUAAAACCCCAUCACUUUUCUCAUCUACCUCAAAAAUCGCUUCCCAAAAAUUAAUCAAUUUCUUAAUCAUGAAUACACCCACUUCUGUAUCAGAUAUUCUUAACCAAAUUCUCAAUUCAUGUUGCAUCUGCCAAGAACCAAUUAAAAAACCAGUCGCUAUCUUGGAAUGUGAUCAUAUCUUACAUUUCAACUGUGCUAUUGAAUUUUUUGCAAUUAGUGAAAAUAUUAUCUGCCCUGUUAAAAAUUGCCAAAAUCAAAUUAAAAAUAUAGAAACAGUUGAAAAGGAUAUUGGUGAUCUUGCAGAAGCUUUAAAACCUGGAAAUACUCCUAAAGUUAGAUCUUUUCUUCGAGAAAUUUCUAAAGAUUUACCCCAUUCUGACGCAUUAUCUGAAAUAGAAAAAAUACCUCCCUCAACUGCACAGGGAUUUCUCCUCUUAUAUGUAAAUAUAGAUCAAGCUGAAGAAUUACUCGCUUGCUCGGAGAGAAAUGUGGUUCAUGCUAAAAAAGAAGUCAUCUUGUCUUAUUAUCAGUUCGGAAAAGCAGAUGCAGAAAAACUUAAAGAGUUACUAAAGAUAUCGAUCCCUCUAUGCACGGCACAGAGUAAGAUA